AUGACUGACAGCUCACAAUAUGGAAUCGCUACCGAUUCUAUGACCCUGCAGCGGUUUGUUCUUCAGGAACAAAAGAAUCAUCCUGACGCUACUGGAGAUUUCUCAAGUCUUCUUACUUCACUUCUCACUGCUGUGAAAGCUAUUGCUAGUGCUACCCAAAAGGCUGGACUUGCUAAGCUCUAUGGUAUUGCUGGUAACACCAAUGUUCAAGGAGAAGAAGUCAAGAAACUUGAUGUUCUUUCCAAUGAACUUAUGAUCAAUAUGCUCAAGUCCAGUUACACCACAUGUUUACUUGUCUCUGAAGAAAACGAUGAGCUGAUUGAGGUCGAGGAAAAGAAACGCGGAAACUAUAUUGUUACCUUUGAUCCCUUAGAUGGAUCAUCUAACAUUGAUUGUCUCGUAUCAAUCGGAACUAUUUUCGGAAUCUACAAAAAGGUUAACAACGAGCCAACUCUUGAUGAUGUUCUUCGCCCUGGACGUGAAAUGGUUGCAGCAGGUUAUGCCCUUUAUGGGUCUGCUUGCAUGGUUGUUCUUUCAACCGGAGACGGAGUUAACGGUUUCACUCUUGAUCCCUCUAUUGGAGAGUUCAUUCUUACACACCCCAAUAUGAAAUGUAAGUCGAAGGGAUCCAUCUAUUCCCUCAACGAAGGAUAUGCCAAGACAUGGAGCAAAGGAUUAGCUGAAUAUAUUCGUACAAGAAAGGACCCUGAGGAAGGAAAGAAAGUUAUGGGACAACGUUAUGUUGGAUCCAUGGUUGCUGAUGUACACAGAACCUUGUUGAAUGGUGGAAUUUUCCUUUACCCUCCAACUGCUGCUGCUCCAAAUGGAAAGCUUCGUCUUUUGUACGAGUGUAACCCAAUGGCCUUUAUCAUGGAACAAGCUGGAGGUUUAGCUACUAGUGGAACAGGACCAAUCCUCGAUAUUAAGCCAACUGCUAUCCAUCAACGUGCUCCAAUCUACCUCGGAUCAAAAGACGAUGUAGAAGAACUUUUGGGAUACAUCAAGAAGUACGACUCUUAA